UACUCCCUCCAUUUGUUCGUCUCCCUUCCCCGAUGUGACCAACCAUUGCUUUCUCUUUUCAGUUCUCUUCUCCUCUCUGCGCGACACAGCACUUCGUCACUUUCCUUUUUUUCCAUUCUCAUAGCGUUUUUGUGUUUUCAAGCAAGCGAGUACGGAACUCAUCUGUUGAUAAACUGCUACCUCAAGCAGUGACAAGAAAAGUGGUGGAAGUUUGAUAGACUUUAUAGUUCAAUUUGUUCUGAAUACUCCUUAAAAAAAAAGGUCUUACAUUGUUGCUGCACUGUGAAAUUGUGCAUAGACCUGGAUCCAAUGGACCUGAAGCCAAAUCUUAACCCUGUCCUUACUGAUGCCACACCCUUAACAAGGUCAAGGCUGGGUGUGCCUUCUGGUUUAUCACCUUACUCUCCUAUAGGGGCAACCUUUCCCCAUGGUAACAUGCUGGCAAUUCCAAGGAAGAAGACAGGAAUUCUUGACGAUUUUCGUUCUAGCGGUUGGCUCGAUGCAAUGAAAUCGUCUUCUCCUACUCACACUAAGGUAUCCAAGGAUGUUAGUCAUGGGAUUGGAUCACCUGAUUCUGCUUAUAGUACCUGGCUGCUAAAGUUUCCAUCAGCACUAGCAUCUUUUGAUCAAAUUACCAACUGUGCAAAAGGGAAGAGAAUAGCAUUGUUUCUGGAUUAUGAUGGGACUCUUUCACCCAUUGUGGAUAAUCCUGACUCUGCUUUCAUGUCAGACAAUAUGCGUGCUGCUGUUAAAAUAGUGGCGGAAUAUUUUCCAACCGCGAUAAUUAGUGGAAGAAGCCGUGACAAGGUAUAUGAAUUUGUUGGAGUAAGUGAUCUAUGUUAUGCUGGUAGUCAUGGUAUGGACAUUAUUGGUCCUUCUAGACAAUCUAUUUCUGAUAAUCACCCUGAUUGCAUUAGUUCUGCUGACAAGCAGGGUGUUCAAGUUAAUUUAUUCCAACCUGCUGCUGAAUUCCUGCCCAUGAUUAAUGAGGUACUUGGGUUGCUCAAGGAGUGCACAGAAGAUAUUGAAGGAGCAACAGUUGAGAACAACAAAUUUUGUGUGUCUGUGCAUUACCGCAAUGUAGAUGAGGAGAGUUGGCAAAUUGUGGGACAACGUGUAUAUGAUGUUCUGAAGGAGUAUCCACGUUUGCGUUUAACUCAUGGGCGGAAGGUUUUAGAGGUUCGGCCAGUGAUUGACUGGGAUAAGGGAAAAGCUGUCACAUUUUUACUCGAGUCACUUGGACUUAAUUGUGAUGACGUGCUCGCUAUUUAUGUUGGGGAUGAUAGAACAGAUGAAGAUGCAUUUAAGGUUUUGAAAGAAGCUAAUAAAGGUUGUGGCAUCUUAGUGUCCCGUGCCCCAAAAGAAAGCAACGCAAUUUACUCUCUUCGUGAUCCCUCUGAGGUCAUGGAAUUUCUGACAUCACUUGCGGAAUGGAAAUCAAGCAUUCAAGCUCGCUGAAAAGAUUUACAUAUUGUAUAGAGGAGAACAUACUCCACUAUGCUAUAUAUUAGAGACAGUCUUUUGUUUUUAGUUUGAAUUUUUUGUUAGAAGACUUUCCAAGAGGUCUGCUGGAACAUAUUUGAGCUCAGAAGACCUCUGACCUGACGACAGCAACAACAUUGUCAUUACCCAAUUGUUUUACUCAAAUUUUGUGUGGUAGCUGUAAAUUCCUGGCUGAGAAUUAUAUAUAUAUAUAUAUUGGGAAGAUUAAGGAAAAUCUCCUCAUAGGGUGUUUCUUUUUUCCGCAUUAGAAGUUUAUUAUCGUAUUCAUUUCAUAUCCUUUCUUCAGUUUUGGUUACUGACCAGCUCAUUGGGGAUUAAAUAUGAAACUGUUCUGUUUCUUUUUUUUGAGAGAAUAUAUAAUUUUUUAAUAUGUAGAUUGGAUAUCAUUAUUUGUAUUACCAAUUUAUAUCAGUCUGAUUACCGUUACAUA